AUGGCCCACAGGGUGUCUUUCAACCACGGCUAUGACGUUGUGGGCUGCGAGGAGGAAACAAACGCUGGAGCUCAGGAAGAGGCCAUGGCCUCCACCUCAACCGAGGAAGCCCCGGGAGCGAUGGCAGUGGCGCACGCAGAAGCGGCGGGCAGCAGUCAUGGCUGCGCCACUGUGUGUGAGGUAAAUGUCCAGGGUUAUUCAAGACAGGAGAGCGAGAGUGACCCCGAAGAGAGUGAUGACUACGACGAAGAAGACUUGAGCAUCAGCGACCUGGAUACUUCCGAUCCUGAACAGGAAGACACAGCUCCCUCUGUGGCUGCGGCUGCUCCUCCGACUGCUCCUGUGGCCGCAGCUAUUCAGAUUCCGGGGCCCCACCGUUCCCGCCCUCGCCGCCGCCGCCGUCGAGCCCCAUUCCAAUUCACAGAGUGGCAGGUUGAGGAAAUGGAAACCCUGUUUGAAGAGACCCAGUACCCGGAUGUGCUUACAAGGGGAGAGCUUGCAAGAACUUUGAAUGUGCCCGAAGCCAAAGUGAAGGUGUGGUUCAUCAAUCGGAGAGCAAAGCAAAGGAAGAAUGAGAGACGUGCAAUGCUGAGAAAUAUGCCACCUGGUGCUGAAGACUUCAUUUUCAUGGCGGACGUCGAAGAGCCCUCCUAA